GCCAAUGAAUUCGUGUUGGUUUUGCAGUCGUUGCGCAAACACAUCGUUGGUCGCGGGAACGUCGAGUCUAUAUCCCCAAAUCCAUUCAGCCUAUUCGUCUCCUUAGACUUGAGACAUAAUUUGCGCUGAUCUGUCUUCCCCAAAAAGGUAGACACGUUUUGUUAAACCACGGGCUCCGGUCUAUCUUGCUGCGUUCUUUCUGAUUUCGACCAAAGAAACAAAUUUGAACUUGGCACAAUGAGUUCUCCAUUGAAUCAACCAGGAUCUCCAGGCAUGUUGCGUCGUUCGAAUAUGGGUCAACAAGGAUCACCAGUCAUGUUGCGUCGCUCAAUGAGCGGCAGCUCCGGAUUGAACAAUCUGUCCCAUUCCGGAAGUUUCGUUCGUCGCAACAACGACCGCGACGGAAUGGGCAACAACGUCGGAGUCAGUCCCGGUGGCAACAACGCGGCGUACCGCGCCUCAUUGGUCUCGCACUACGCCGAAGAUUUGGAUAGACGUCGCCGCGCCGAGCGAGCUGUCGAAGAGAUCCGUACCGACGGAAGUAUGCCAUCAGAUAACUUGAAGAUCGAGUCUGUUGAGCUGUUCCCCCGAGACAACGCCCGUGAGCAUCGCACUGAUCGCUACGAAAUGGUUUUCGACAACGGCCGUGAGAUUGGAUCCUCGUCCUCGAUGAUGAUGUCCAGGUCGAUGACCAACAUGGCUUCCAUGUCGUCGAUGUCGCCAAUGUUGUCGAUGGACUACCGUUCAUCUUGCGCUCCGUCGACAACCGUUCUUCGUCGUGGCCAGCCUUUCUUCUUUGCUGUGCGCAUGAAGGAUCGUAACUUUGAUCCUCGCCGGGACAUCUUGAGGGCAUCGUUCACUUUUGGCCCGAAUCCUCAGGUGACCAAGGGAACCAAAGUGGUUUUGCCUUUCCGCAUGACUCAGCGCGAAUUCAGCCGGGCCCCGCAAAAGUGGGAUAUGCGUCUCCAUCAGCAGGAGGGAUUCAACAUCACUUUCCAAGUUCACAUUCCCGCCAACGCUUUGGUCGGAUUAUGGCGAGUGAACAUUGAAACGACCACGACGACGCCAGGCGCCCGCGUCGACGAAUUCCGUUUCAAGGAUGACAUUUACAUCUUGUUCAACCCCUUCUGCCGCGACGACCCAGUUUACUUGGACAACGAGGAGCUCCGCAGGGAGUACCUCAUGAACGAGACUGGCAAAGUCUUCGUGGGCACUCACCAUCGCCCCAAAGGCCGCCGUUGGGUCUACGGACAGUUCUCUGACGUAGCCUUGCCAGCAGCUCAACUUUUGCUGGAACAGUCCGGUCUCAACCCAACGGAGAGAGGCAACCCCGUCCAAGUCGUCCGCGCCAUUGCUUCCAUCAUCAACGCCAACGAAGGCUUUGGUCUGUUGGAAGGCAAAUGGGAGGGCUCGUUCGAGGAUGGAGUUUGCCCGUGGGUCUGGACUGGAAGCUCCAAAAUCUUCGAGCACUACUUGCGCAACGGAUCCAAGCCAGUCAAAUACGGACAAUGCUGGGUCUUUGCCGCCGUCGCUACUUCCAUCUUCCGCGCUUUGGGUAUUCCAUCUCGUCCCGUGACCAACUUCGUUUCCGCACGCGAUACCAACCACACCCUGUCCGUCGACAAGUACUUUGACAUCUUCGGAGAUGAGAUGAAGGGUGGCCCAGAUGGCGACAAUCAGGAUGCCAUUUGGAACUUCCACGCUUGGUCUGAAGUUUGGAUGUCCCGACCCGAUCUCCAAGCCAACUGCAAUGGAUGGCAAGCAAUUGACCCCACUCCCCCACCCCAUUUCUGGCAGAAGAACUCCGGUGGUAUAUUUUUUAAAAAUAAACUACGAAUCGCUUAUCUAUAUAGAAACGCGGAUUAAUUCAUUUUUCAAUUCAUUCAGGUGACCAAAAGAGCCGUGGACCUUUGGCCGUUGAAGCCUUCCGUCGUGGCCCCUCUUCCGUCGAGUCCGUUCGUCGUGGUGACAUCGGAUUCGCCUUCGAUACCCCAUACCUGUUUGCCGAAGUCAACGCUGAAGUCAGUCACUUCCAGGAGGACGAAACUUCUCACUGGGGAUUCAGGAAGAUUCACGUCAACAACUACCAGGUCGGCCGCAUGAUCUUGACCAAGCGACCGGGAGCGGACGAUGACGUCAGCGAUGCCGACGCCGAGGAUAUCACUAGUCUUUACAA